AUGGCAGCGCGGGCUUUUGCCGAGUCGCAUGGGGUGGCCGAGCACGCCGCUCGGUUCGGGCGAGCUGCUCUCGUGGCACGAGACCCCAGCCGAGCCGAGAUGGUAACCGAGCUUGAUGUAGAUGAGCGAAGGGCGCUCGUCUACGAAAGGGACCACAAGUGGCACGGCCCUGCCAUGCUUUGGUAUUCCAUCGCCAUGUGCGCCUGCCGAGCCGCCACGCAGGGAUGGGAUCAGACGGGGGCCAACGGGGCCAACUUGUCCUUCCCUCAGGAGUUCGGCCUGACUGGGAAAGGGCGCGACGAAUGGGUCGUGGGAAUCAUCAACGCCAUCAUCUUCUUGACGGCCGGUCUCAUUGGUGCCUUCAUCGUCGACCCACUCAACCACUAUCUCGGCCGAAGAGGCGAGAUUUUCAUCACCGCCUGCUGUCUCACUGCCACCCCGAUUGGUUCCGCCUUUGCAACAUCGUGGGAGGGACUGUUUGUGGCGCGAUUCGUCAUGGGCAUCGGUAUAGGCGCAAAGAAUGCCACGGUUCCCAUCUACUAG